UCGUUUGUAGCUAAAGAGAAAAUCAGGCAAUCGCCAACUAAUCUCUACUCUCUCUCUCUCUCUCUCUCUCUCUCUCUCUCUCUCUGUCAAUUUACAGCUACAACAAGUCUACAAGAUCGCAUUUCUGGAGAAUCUUAUUUUGUCUUUCGUGCGCGAUCCUCCCUGUCUCUGUCUCUCUCUCCCACCAAUGUUUGUCUGAGAGAGAGAGAGAGAGAGAGAGAGUCAACCAUGGGCGUGUGCUGUCCUAUUCUCCGACCCUGGGAUCGAACCCGAGACAGCUAUCUCCUUAGCAUCCCUUGUCUCUCUGAUCCUGUGAAAAGAUCUUCUCUGUUAAUGAAACUGGGACUAGUAGCUAUACACCUCGUCUUCAUCGGCUUCCUCUUCGUUUGCGAUGCUGACUUCAUCGACAAAACUAAGCGAGAUCCAUGGUACACGGCUUCUUACUUGUUGUUGUUUUCUCUCACGCUUCUUCAGUACUUUGUGACUUCUGGCUCUUCACCUGGGUAUGUAAUUGAUGCAAUGAGGGAGGUUUGCGGGAAUGAUGCAAUUUACAGAAAUGCACCUACCACCUCAAUACAACAUGGUUCCAGAAAAAAUGGGAGCUUUGUUAUUAAUGUGGAAGGAGAAUCAGCUUCAGGUGGUGGUGGUAGUAGUAGAAAGACUCCAACUUCCUCCUGGGCCAAGAUGGUUCUUGACUUGUACCCUCCAGGGACAUCCUUAAGAAAUUUGACUUGCGGCUAUUGUCAUGUGGAGCAGCCUCCACGAGCCAAGCAUUGUCAUGAUUGUGAUAGAUGUGUUCUUCAGUUUGAUCAUCACUGUGUUUGGCUGGGAACAUGUGUAGGCCAGAAAAACCAUUGUAAAUUCUGGUGGUACAUAUGUGAAGAGAGUGCUCUAUGCAUCUGGACACUCAUCAUGUACAUUGACUACCUCAGUAACGUAGCCAAGCCUUGGUGGAAGAAUGCAAUUAUCAUACUACUGCUUGCCGUCUUGGUGAUCUCCAUGAUAUUUGUGCUGCUUCUAUUGCUUUUUCACAGCUACCUCAUUCUAACGAAUCAGAGCACUUAUGAACUUGUGAGACGAAAACGUAUUCCCUACAUGAGGAAUAUUCCGGAACGAGUGCAUCCAUUUAGCAGAGGCAUAAAGAGGAAUCUACACAACGUCUGUUGCGGCAACGAUACUCUAGACUCACUGCCCACCGCAUUCGAACUCGAGGAUAAAGCAAGACCCUACACUUGCUUAGAUAUGUUGAAAUGUCGUUGUUGCUAAAUUUUUUUUUUUCUUUUUUUUUGGUUUGUUUAGUUAGACAGCUACCAUUGUUUUAAUCUAUGAAACAUGUUAAAAAAAUAUAUGUGAACUUGUAUACAUACACAAUGAGGAUCUAGUGAAUGGAGUUCUAAUUAAAUCA